AUGCCUUUUCUGCUGUGCUUGAAAAAAAAGAAGUCACCUGUGCCUUUGGGCAGGAGUAUCUUUCAAAAACACACCCCACCCAUCCAGCAGAACUACCAGGCCUUGCUGGAGACCUGCUUGAAUAACAAACGCCUGUUCAUAGAUGACAAAUUCCCUGCUCACAUCAGCUCUAUUGGAACGGGAGCACUGCUAAAGAAACUACCCCGAAAUUUGCAGUGGAAGAGGCCACAUGCUUUGCACAGAAGUCCAGUGUUUUAUGCUGCAAACAGAAAGCAACUUGAUCUCUGCCAAGGAUUGGUGGAGAACUGCUGGUUCCUGGCGGCCCUGGAAGCCCUGACGUUCCACCAGGACAUCUUGGCUGCAGUCGUGCCACAAAACCAGAGCUUCGAGAGGAAAUAUGCUGGCAUUUUCCACUUCCGGUUCUGGCACUUCGGUGAGUGGGUUGAUGUGGUGGUUGAUGAUCGCCUGCCGGUGAAUGAGGCGGGGGAACUGGUCUUUGUUUCCUCAGUCUAUAAGAACGUGUUCUGGGGAGCUCUUCUGGAGAAGGCAUAUGCUAAACUCUGUGGCUCCUAUGAAGAUCUGCAGGUUGGGCAAGUUUCAGAAGCCUUGGUGGAUUUUACAGGUGGUGUUAAUAUAAGGAUCAAUCUUGCAGCAGCUCCUCCUGAUCUGUGGGAUAUCCUGACAAGAGCAACCUACACCAGAUCUCUCAUGGGCUGUCAGACACAUUUAGGGACAACAAAGGUCCUGAAGAAUGGGCUUGUUGCUGGCCAUGCCUACACAGUAACUGGUAUUAGAAAGGUGACCUGUCAAUAUGGACCAGAAAACCUAGUGAGACUGAGAAAUCCAUGGGGAAAAAUUGAAUGGAAAGGAGACUGGAGUGACAGCUCUUACAAAUGGGAGCUGCUGAGCCCCAAGGAGAAGAUUUUGCUGAGGAAAAAGAAGGAGGAUGGAGAAUUCUGGAUGUCUCUGCAAGAUUUUAAGAUUCAUUUUGUAGAUCUGAUGAUCUGUAAAUUAACUCCAGACCUGAUGAGCAGGGAAGAUGGAAAGAAGUGGAUGUACUCCCUGAAGAGUGGGAGAUGGGUUAAAGGAAGUACAGCAGGAGGAAGUCUGGGAUUCUGUAACGGCAGCUUUUGGAUGAACCCUCAGUACUGGCUGAAUGUUUUACCAGUUGAAGACAGUAAGAAAAGCCUGGGUUCCUGCAAUGUGGUUAUAUCCCUGAUGCAGAAAUACAGCAGCAAACACCGGAACCGAGCACCUCACCUCUUCAUUGGAUUUUCACUCUAUAAGGUGAAUCAGUACCAGGAAAGCAACAGAAAGCUGCCCCCAGCUUUCUUCACCCGACAUCAUCCUGUAAACAAGCACCAGGUCUUCCUUGAUGAGCGGGAAGUGACUCAUGACUUCCACCUGGAGCCUGGCAUCUAUGUGAUUGUCCCAUCGACCCUGAAGCCUCAACAGGAGUCUGAAUUCAUCCUGCGGGUCUUCUCCAGGAAGCAUAUUCUUCGGGAGAUGGGUGGGAACACCAGUUUCACCCUCUCUAAGGAAAUUGUUGAUAGGUAUGAAGGCAAGAUUUGGGAGGAUUUCUUCACAAAGCAUUUUGAACAGAAUCCUGAAAUAAAUGCUGUUCAGCUCCAGAGGAUCCUGAAUAAUAUAUCUUGGAGAAAGAAGGGAUUGAGUUUUCGCCUCAGUUUCAGUCUGGAUGCCUGCCAGGGUAUCUUGGCGCUCCUGGAUCUGAAUGCCACUGGCACACUGAGUAUCCAGGAAUUCAGAAUCCUGUGGAAAAGACUGCUUUUCUAUUUGGAAAUUUUCCAGAAAAGAGACACUAACAGAUCAGGAAAGCUUGACCUUGUGGAACUGCAUGCAGCUGUACGGGAGACAGGCAUUUCGCUCAGCAAUGAAGUCUGUAAUUUGAUGGCAAUCAGAUAUGGUGACCCUGACUUAAAGAUCAGCUUUGAGAGCUUUGUGUGGUUCAUGCUUCGAGUGGAGAUCAUGGGAGAGGCCUUUCGCAACUUAACACAAGAUGGCAAAGGCAUUUAUCUCCGGGAAUCUGAGUGGAUGAUGAUGACACUGUAUUCCUGA